AUGAUAAAGCCAAGAAUGUGCCAUUUAAGCUAUAAACCAGUCGAAUCAUUAAAAUUUAGAACAUUAGAUUUUGUCUUAUUAGAGUUAGAGAAGAUCAAUUUUUCAGUUAAAAGGAACCAAAUGGCUGAAAAAUUCAACAAUGAAUAAGAAAUUAGAACACCAACCUUUAAAACUCAUUUGAAUCAAAAUUAGAGUGCUGUGAAAGAAAUUGCCAACGAUAUCCAAGCAAUAACCCCAAAAAGACUUAUAAAAUCAAAAAGAAAUUAUCAAGCUCGAAGAAAAGUAUCAUUAAGAAAUCCCAAAAUUUGA